AGAAAGCCAGUCAAGUGUUGAAAUAACAAAGCUACGGAUUGAUCACGUGAUGUGGUGUGCAUUUCAAUUCAUACAGAACGCUGACCAACCAGGUCGGUACAAUUGCAUCCGUUGAGUGGAAGAGCACUUAGUUUUACGUGAAUAAUUUCAUUCCAGGACCUUUUUGACUGACCGCCAAGGACUCCCCGUGCAGAUAAAUAGUUGAACAACGCAUCUGAAAGGAUUUUUAUCAUCGCUUACAGCUUCAAACUUUGGUCCGUUGUGGGUACAUGUUGGUCUAUUGUUGAGAACUGGUGAGUCGAGUCCAACAUGGCGUCGUUUAGUAAAUUUAAAGCUUAGAUUUCUGUUUAAGCAACUGAAGGAUGUGAUCCAAGUACUCCGGAGGUAGAAGAAGAAUAAUAUGGAGUGUAAACGUACAGUGGAUUAGCUUAAAUGCUUGAGAAAUGAACGAUGUGUCGUUAUACGCACUAUUGUUCCGAAGGGACGUGUAUCAGUCCGUGGAAUGUUUGUCUCUUCAGAACUAAACUUUGGCUAUGGUAUAUGGUGUUAUUAUGGGCGACAAGUGUGUUUGAUCCUCAUCCUCGUUACUCAAAUGCAUCAACGGUGGUCACGACCACUUAUUAUAUUUCUGAGGGGCUGCCUAACGGAUCUUUUGUCGGCAGCGUGUCACACUUCACUUUCGAUUUUGUGUCUGUACUGGUGGGUAGUAAGUUUUCUACUGAUUUGCGCGUUGACACAGUACAGAACAUAAUCACAACCGAAGCUGUUUUAGAUCGUGAAAAGGUUCCAAUUUACACCAUCUCGUUACUCGAUUCUUCCACUGGAGCUUCGUCUACUGUUUGGGUCAAUGUAACCGAUUUGAACGAUAACAGUCCUUCCUUCUUACGCGCUGUUUACAAUUUGGAAUUUACCGAGGGCAGGAGUGUACUUCGAAUUCUCAAGGCCACGGACAGAGAUUUUGGCUCAAACUCCACGCAACAGUACUCAAUUUUAUCAGGAAAUAUUGGAGGUGUUUUUGUGUUAAAACUUUUCACCGAUCGGUAUGGAGCAACAUGCGCAAAUUUAGUUUUAGCGGCCGGAAAAGAACUUGAUCGUGAAACGCGUGACUCGUAUAUGUUGAACAUUUCAGCAAGCGAUGGAGGCAACCCCCCUCGACGGGGCUUCACGCUGCUAAAUAUUACAGUAGGAGAUGCGAAUGAUAACAGACCGAUCUUUACAAACAGGUCAUAUUCAAUCUACGUUAAAGAAAAUUCACCUGUGGGCACUUCGAUUGGUAAAGUUUUCGCUUCUGAUGAGGAUAUUGGCGCGUUUGCUCAAGUCGUGUAUUCGAUCGAUCGCAGUUCGCGCUCGGAUCCUAAUAGCGUCUUUAGUAUUGAUGCUAACACUGGUGUUUUGUAUAAUAUUAGGUGGCUUGAUUAUGAAAGCGUUCGUGAGUACAAGAUCUAUGUUCAAGCAGAGAACGCUGGUGCUCCAUUCAUGAACGACGAAGUGCCAGUGUCAAUUCAUGUUCUGGACGAGAACGACAACAAACCUGAUAUUCGAAUUGAAUUUGCGAUCAACGACUAUUAUCAAGUUUUGGAAAAUGCUACCAUUGGAACAACGGUGGCACGAAUUUAUGUUUCUGACAAGGAUUCUGGUGUAAAUGGAGAAGUUGAUGUAGAAAUAGAAGCAGGAAAUGGCCAUUUUAGUUUAAGAUCAGACCCAGCUAAUAAUGUUGAUAUUAUCGCUGUGGCAAAGGAACUGGACCGGGAAACACAGUCAUCAUACAAAGUGAGAAUUUUUGCCAAAGACCGCGGGCAACCCCAGCAAGUUUCACAAGAUGGCUUUAUAGCAAAUGUUGGAGAUGUUAAUGAUAAUUCACCCAAAUUUGAUCAAGCUGUAUUCACCGCUGUUGUGUCUGAAAAUGCCACCAUUGGCACCACUGCUGUUGUUGCCCAUGCCACUGAUAGAGAUGCUGGCUUAAACGCCAAGUUAACCUAUAACAUGACUUACCCGCUAGAGGAUUCUCUAUACUUUACGUGGUUCCAAAUUAAUUCAUCAACUGGUGAAAUAAAAACAAUGGCAUUGUUAGAUCGUGAGAAAGUUUCAAGGCCCGUGCUUCAUGUCACGGUGACUGAUUCUGGUGUUCCGUCAUUAAGUGGUAACUGUACAGUGUUCAUUAACAUAAGUGAUACUAAUGAUAAUGAUCCAGAGUUUACCAAGCCCGUAUACCUUGCUUCUGUCGAUGAAAAUACAGCCAAUGGCACACUAGUCAUUCAAGUUUCAGCAAAAGACAUUGAUAGUGGUUUAAAUGGAGUUGUGCAAUAUUCCUUAGAAGAUUUCCAAAAGGAAUUCCCAUUUGCAAUAAAUCCUAGUACUGGAGUUGUAACAACAUCUGGUCCUAUUGACUACGAACUUCAUUCCUCAUACCAUGUGAGAGUACUAGCAACAGAUGGUGGAGGCCGUGUUUCAAGGUCUGAUCUGAAUGUCUCUGUCGUAGAUGUAAAUGACAACUAUCCAAUAAUCAGUCCAGCAUCUUAUAACGUCACAGUGUAUGAAAACUUAACUGUCUCAGAUACUGUGGUAAAUGUCAUGGCAAAUGACUCUGACAGUGGUAUUUUCUCGCGUUUAACCUUUGCUUUUUCCAGUGGGAAUGGUAAUGGCAACUUUUACAUCAAUUCAUCCACUGGAGUAGUGACUCUUUUAAAACCACUUGAUCGUGAAACAGAGGACUUUCAUCAGUUUGAAGUAGAGGUUACUGAUGGUGGUGGAUUAAAAUCCAAACAUUCUGCCAUUGUACGAGUGACAGUUUUAGAUGUGAAUGAUGAGCCUCCUGUGUUUCAGCCCAGUUUUUACAACUUCACCAUCAUUGAAAAUUCUGAUGUUAAUACAGUCUUGGGAUCAGUCCAUGCUUCAAGCAAAGACCUUGGAACAAAUGCCGACAUUUACUACUCAAUCGUAGGUGGGAAUGUGGACAAUGUGUUCACAAUCAACUCAACUGGUACAAUUUUUACGCAGGGUAACAUUGACCAUGAAAAGACCCCCUACCUGUUGGUAACCAUACAGGCCAAGGAUGGUGGUUUCCCACCCCUGUUUGGGUUUGCAAACGUUAGUGUAACAGUCAUUGAUCUCAACGACAACAGCCCAUCGUUUUCGAGCAAUCAAAUUGAUGUCAAUAUUUUGGAAGAUACCAGAGUGGGACAAGUGUUUUACAAUGUGACUGCACAAGACUCUGAUAGUGGAAUAUUUGGUCAAGUGCAUUAUACACUUCUUUUCAAUCCCAAUAAUACAUUCAAGUUGGAUCCUUACAGUGGAGCCUUGUCUCUUACACAUGCUAUUGACUUUGAAGGACCCAGACAAUACACAAUCCAAGUCUUGGCAGAAGAUGGGGGGUCCCCAUCAUUAAAUGCAACUGCUACUUUCAAGUUAACUGUUGUUGAUGUGAAUGACCAUCCUCCAAGAUUUCCCAAUUCAUCUUAUAUUGCUCAUGUAAGCGAGGGUGCAGGCGGUGUGACAGACAUACUAAAUGUUUUGGCGACAGAUGCUGAUACCGGUGAUAAUGCCAGGAUUUCGUACAGUUUUCAAGCAGGUGUGGACACCAGCUUGUUUGGCAUAAAAUCUGAUGGGACUAUCUUCCGUAAAAAAGAUCUAGAUCGUGAACAGAAUGCUGUGUAUCAGUUCCGAGUUGUUGCCACUGACCAGGGAAAUCCACCCAAAAGUUCUACAGCAGAUGUUACAAUUUAUGUUGAUGAUAUCAAUGACAAUGACCCUAGAUUUACAUUGCCAUCUUACUUUUUUCAAGUCUCGGAGAACUCAAGCAACAGAACACGUGUUGGUCAGGUGUCAGCAACAGAUAGUGAUGCUGGAAGCAAUGCCAAAAUAUCUUACACUUUUGAAUUUUCAAGUCAGCAGUUUGUGAUUGAUCAUGAUACAGGAGUCAUAAGAACCAACCAAGUCCUUGACAGGGAGACCCGCGCAUCCUAUGUCAUGACAGUUGUGGCAAGUGACCAAGGAGUGAGUGCCAGAAGAGAGAAGACCAGUAUCACAGUGCGUGUUGAUGACCUCAAUGACAACAAACCCACCUUCAGGAAACUUUCAUAUGAGAAAGCAGUGGCUGAAAAUAUCCCAGCCGGAUCCUUUGUUAUCAAGGUGAGGAAAUAUCCUUUCAUAAUUAUCCAUUAACUGAUAUCAAGAUGUAUGUUCUCUGUACAUUUCCAGUGGUGCUAAUGAGGGAAUUAGUUUCAGUGAUCAUUUUCUUUUUUCUCAAUACCAUAUGUUAGUUUAGACAGAAUUAUUAGUAGGAACAAUUAUUAGCUUGUCACUGGCACAACAGUACAGGUUAAACAAAAGUCAAAGCCCACAAAAAAAUGUAUCGUCCUUAUUCUUCAGAAUUAUUCAAAACUUCAAAAUUCAAUCUUUGGAAAAUGCAAAACAAGUAUUAUUAAUGUUUAACGGCUGUCUUUGAUAUCAGAUAAAAAUGAGGCUUAAUUAUGUCCUCAGACGUUUGCGGCGAAAAUCUCCAAAAGUCACGAAGUAUUUUAAGCAUGAAGACGGCGAAAUAAAGCGUUUUUAAGCCAUUUAAUGGAUUCGUAGUCAACCAAAUCUAAAUUCUUUGGUAGUGUCCCUUGUCUUGGAAGAGGAAAUGAAAAUGAUCAAAAUGAAAAUCAAAAUUACUUUGCUGGUCUAAACUUGUGGGAAAUUUGAAACCGCAAAAUAUCCUUCGAUCAUUCUCUCCGUCACUUUAACUCUGGAGUACCUCCCCCUGGGCUCCGUCCCUAGUCUUGAUGUGUCUUGACAAGUUGUAUUACAACUGGCUUUGCAAAUAUCUUUAAACCUAGUUGUAGCUGUAGUGCGUGUUUUCUGGCUGAUCACAUUAGAAUGCAGGGUCACGUUUUAAAGAGGCUGUCUGUGACACGGCUGUCUGGUUCACUUUGUUGAUAGUACUAAAAACAUGUCCUUAUUGAAGUGUCAGCGAAAAGAUUACUGACAAAAUAAUAGAAUCACGGCUGCAUGUCAACCAAAUAUGACUCCCAAGCAUUUUAUCAAACGUCAAAAAAUCACCAAACCUUUAUCAGGGUUCGUACAGGUCAUGGAAAACCAUUUUCCAGGCCUGGAAAGUCAUGCCAUGGAAAAUUAAAGUUAUGUUUGGUAGAUUAGUUUAACUGCAGAUGUCAAGCAAGGACGAUGUACGAUAGAGAGGAGUUAUUAAACACCGCAAACGGCAUCCAUUUUGGUGGAGACAAAGUUUUUGUCUGUUGAACCGAGUUAGGUUAAAAAAUAAGGAAAGUUUUGGAAUUUUUGUCUAUUGUUUAUUUUUUUAGUUAAAAAUAUUUAAUUGACGAAGUUUGCGUUAAGAGUAACAAAAAAACAACUCAUCGAGGGGGCUCACAAAGUCGAAAGUGACAGAAUUAUACUUAGAAUCACGGAAAACUUGGAAAGGUCAUGGAAAAAGUCGUUGAAAGUCAUUGGAUCUGAACAGCUCAAAAUAGUACAAACCUUGUUGGUAAAGAAGUCUUUGAGCAUAUGGAGACAGCCAAAAAAAGGGUUUUUAAGCUAUUCAUUGAUUUUGUAGUUAGUCAAAUGUGAACUAUUUUGCUUGUUGUAGCCGGUUGUAAUACAAUUUCGUUAAAAGAUAUCAAGACCGGGGGUGGAGCCUAGAGGGAAAGGGGGAGGGGGGCGGUACUCCGGAAUGAAAAUGACGGAGAUAAUCGAAGGGCUUUUUGGGGGAUUUCAAAUUUUCCAGUUUGGAAUUCUUUUGGGUAGGAAAAUUUGGCAAAUAUUUUUGGGUACCUUGAUUUAAGUAGUGGGUCUUUUAGGAUUAAAAGCAAAAAAAAAUACUUGCCAAUUAUGGCAAAAUCUUAGCUUCAUGUCAAACAAAUAUGUCUUCCAAGCAUUUUAACAGUGAAACGUCAUAGUAAACAACACUGAAAAAUGAACUUUAAAAGAAUGUAAGGCUAACAGGCUUUCAUAAACCACACUUGCAAUCCGUUUUAAUCUUCUUUAUUUAUCUCCAUCGGUGCUUGUUUUGUAGAUGCCGUGUUAUCCAUGCCUUCUUUUAAUGUUUUGAUCUGUUUUUUUUUUUUUUUUUUUUCUCAAUUUUUUGACAGUUCCCAUCGUUCGAAUUUCGUGACACAGUUCCGUUAAAUUUCUCAAAAUUUUUUUUCAGGUUUUCCCGGAUGAUCCAGAUGAAGGUUCAAAUGGUGACAUCCAAUAUGACUAACAACACUGAAAAAUGGAUGUUAAAAUAAGUUAAGGCUUUCUGUCUUUCAUAAACCUCUCUUACAAUCCUUUUUAAACUUAUUUAUUUAACACCAACAGUACUUUUUUUGUAAAUGACGUGUUAUCCAUGCCUUCUUUUAAUUUUUUGAUCUUUUUUUUUUUUUUUUUGUUUUGCUCAAUUUGAUGACAGUUCCCAUCGUUCGAAUUUCGUGACACAGUUCCGUUAAAUUUCUCAAAAUAUUAUUGCAGGUUAUCGCGGAUGAUCCAGAUGAAGGUUCAAAUGGUGACAUCAGAUAUGACACAGCAAGUGGUCACAUUCAUUCGGACACCACCAUGUUUAAUGUGGAUGCUCAAACAGGUGAUAUUACAACCGCAGCGAGGUUGGACCGCGAGAAAAAGGACCGAUAUACUCUGUAUAUCGUAGCAAAAGACCACGGAUCCCCACCAAAUGAUAACAUUGUUACGGUCAUUAUUCAUGUGCUGGAUGAGAAUGACAACCCUCCGCGCUUCCUCAACAACAGUUUCUUUGUGAACGUCCAGGAGAAGCUUCCGGUUGGAACUGUCGUGACCAGUGUGACAGCUAAAGAUAUCGAUGCAGGCAACAAUGGUGAGGUGCGUUACACAAUUGAUCAAGGUAAUAGUGGGUCAGUAUUUCAAAUCAACGCGACUUCCGGGGUUAUCACCCUUCAAAAGCAGCUGGAUUUUGAGCGAAAGAACAAGUAUCUGUUGAGGGUUGUAGCCAGAGACCAAGGUCUAAACAGCCGCAGCAGCUUCCUGUUCGUGACUGUUUACGUGUUGGAUUCCAAUGACAACAUGCCCACUUUUGAUAAGAACCCGGUCACUGUAUCCUUGUAUGAAGGCGUUCCUAAGAACCACAAUGUGACGCAAAUCAUAGCACACGAUUACGAUUCCGGUCAGAACAGCUGGAUUCGGUAUUCAAUCGAUUCUCAAUCGCCAGGCACAAAAUUCACAGUCGAUUCAUCGAGUGGUGUGGUCCAGACCAUCGGAGAAAUCAAUCGUGAGUCGGUUGACGAGUACACAUUAACCAUCCGAGCGACUGAUCAAGCUUUUACUGAAUCCGAGCGUUUAUCUAGUACUAUAACGCUGUUUAUCAUUGUGUCAGACAGGAAUGACAAUAAGCCAGAUUUUGUGUCACCAAAUUUUACGUUCGUGAUGGAAGACGAACCCUUCAGUUACCCCAUAAUUACCAUUACCGCUAUAGACCAAGAUUCUGGUGAAAAUGCACUAGUAAGAUACAGAAUAGAGCACGGAGACAACGGGGAGUUUGGCUUAGAUCCUGUCACUGGUCUGUUAAAACUGAACCGCAGGCUGGACUAUGAAAGCAAACCCAAGUACAUCUUGAACAUUUCUGCUACAGAUCAAGGUACCCCAGCUCUUUCCUCCUAUCAGCUGCUGACCAUAUAUCUCGUGGACGUAAACGAUAAUGCGCCGCAGUUUAACCAGAGUCUGUACCUCGGUGACGUUAGGGAGAAUGUACCAGUUGGUACUUCUGUGAUGCAGAUUAGCGCUUAUGACGCAGACAGUGGUUCAAACGGCGCGUUAAGCUACAGCAUCCCAAGGGGUGCAGUGAAGUCCAACUUCGCUAUUGACGGAAAUAGUGGUGUAAUUUACACGAAUUUUACGCUGGAUCGCGAAGAAAAAGAUGAAUACUUCCUGACAGUGUAUGCAACAGACAACGCGUUUCCUUUCCAUGUGGCUACAUGCACCGUGAAAAUAACAGUGUUGGAUGAGAAUGAUCACGCGCCUGCAUUUAACCCCACGCGCUUGAAUUUAACUGUGAUGGAAAACCGCAGCCCGUACAUGUUUCAUGUCUUAGCGGCUCAAGAUCCUGAUGUGGGCCAAAAUGGCCGCUUACGCUAUGUUAUAAAACGUGGCAACGAAGAUGGAAAAUUUAAGAUUGAUGGGUUUACUGGGGAGCUUUCUUCGACAGCUAGCCUUGACAGAGAAAGAAAAGCUCAGUAUAAUCUUGAGAUCGAAGCAAGCGACCUUGCCUCGCCAUUCCACAAUUCCAGCGCUUUCGUGACAAUUUUCGUCGGAGACGAGAAUGACCAAACCCCAAGGUUCCUGAAAUCAUCUUAUGAGGUUAGCAUUCCGGAGCUUACACCUGUUAACACUGCUAUUAUCAACGUGACAGCUACCGAUAGCGACUUGGGACUAAACGGACAAGUGGUGUAUUCCCUAAGCAAUAAAACGUUUGGUAUCUUCAGGAUAGAUUCCAAAACUGGAGUGAUCUACACUCUGCAGGAGUUUGACUUCUCGGUCAAGCAGGAGUACUUCUUUAACUGUUAUGCAACGGACCAGGGCGUUGUACCGAGGCAAGCGUCAGUUGAAGUGAAGGUUUCUAUCGUUGAUGAGAACAACCACGCCCCUGUGUUUGAGAUGCUACCCUAUAAAAAAGUGGUGCAGUCUGUUUCACCAGGGGAGCUGCUCGUAAGAGUACGCGCCACAGACAGGGAUUCUGCGUCUGUAACUCAUCUGACCUACAGACUCAUAAACAGUUCGUCGCAGCAGUAUUUUGAACUGUCAAGCAACUCUGGAGAGCUGAGAGUCAAACAAGGCGUUUCAAACGUUCCAAACGGAGCUUAUAUUUUAAACAUCCUCGCAGAUGAUGGUAACUUCACAGGAAGAGGGAUUGUAGAGAUUUUCGUCGGUCCAAUCACGGGGGCCCAACCAAGGUUCCUAAACAGUACACCAGCGUACGUCUCCCUUGCCGAGAACAGCGCGAGGAAUCACGAAGUAACACGAGUACUUGCUACCUCGACUGGGUCAGCUGCUAUCGCUUAUAGUAUAGUCGACGGUAACGCGGGUAACGCCUUUUAUAUUGAUCCUCAAAGUGGUGUCGUGACAGUUGCUAAUCCAUCUCAACUCGACUUUGAAAGACUUCGCUCCAUUCGCCUUCAUAUUAUUGCGUCACUACCGUCGUCACGCAACGCCUACUUAACACUGUACGUGAACUUGACAGAUGUAAAUGACAACAAACCGGUAUUUUAUCCUGCCAAUAAGUCUGUUCAACUCCAAGAGGAUAAUGCGUUACUGUCCAGCGGUUUUUUGCCAAGAACAGUUGCCACAGUGACGGCAACAGAUAAGGAUUCUGGGAACACCGAAAGAAUGACUUAUGAACUGACCGCCGGGAACGAAAACAACAAAUUCAACAUAAAUUCACAAACAGGCGUGAUAUCUACUCAAGGCUUCAUUAACCGUGAAGAUCAUUCUUCUUACGACUUAGUUGUCAAGGCAACUGAUCGAGGAAGCCCACCUCAAUCCAGUUUUAGUCACGUGGUUAUAAAUAUCAUCGACGUGAACGAUAACAUCCCAGCAUUCACAGGGCCUUACACGGUGAACGUUAAUGAAGAUCUCAAAGUUGGAUCUGUUGUGAAGCGAGUCAUUGCAGUUGACAGGGAUGAGAACCCAAACCUGGUUUAUUCCUUCAGUGACGGUACGUUCAGUCAGAGUGUAUUUAACAUUGAUGGUUUCACUGGAGAUGUAACUCUGCGUAGAUCACUCGAUUACGAACUUACACGAUACCAUUUGUUGUACAUCAAUGUCACUGAUGGAACCUAUCAAUCACAGACAACUUUAACGGUUGACGUUAAUGACGUUAAUGACAACGCUCCCAGUUUCCUGAACAGCUCCUAUCACGCCACGUUAUCUGAGGAAACCGCGGCCGGAACUUCAAUCCUGCAAGUCAGCGCUGAAGAUCGAGACAGCGGUACAAACGGUCAGCUGAGCUACGCAUUCGUUUCUUUCGUUGACGAUUUCAGGAUCAACGCAACUUCCGGUGUUAUCUACACGGCCAAAAAAAUCGAAGUGAGCAUGCGCGAUUCUCUUCUCGUCAUUGGUGUGUCUGCAACCGAUCAUGGGGUCCCCCCUCAGCGUGCCUUUGUCGCUAUGCAGAUUCGAAUCAACCGAAUACCGAAGUUCGCGGAGGCUGCGUACGAAGCAAGCAUUCCCGAAAACACCGAACCUGGCACUUCAGUCCUUACGGUCAAAGCUGCUGAAGAUGAUUCGGGGAUUAACGUAGCGAAGAUCAGUUAUUCUAUUAAAUAUGGCAACUCUCAAUCGCUCUUCCGAAUCGGGCGCCGAAGUGGAAUUAUUGAAGUCAAUAAGCAAGGCCUAGACUACGAAAAAAUGAAGAGCCAUUUGCUUGGCGUAGAAGCGAGAGACGACAGCACCAAUAAAAGCGUUGUUGUGAGAGUUAAUAUUACAAUCACAGAUGUCAAUGACAAUUCACCAGUCUUUGAUCCCGUCAAAUACAAGACGGAAGUCAACGAAGAUAUAUCGGUUGGCACGUCACUUCUCCGAGUGAAUGCCUCGGACGAGGACUCGGGAACUAACGGACUAUUGAGUUAUUCUAUCGUGUCAGGAAAUGAUAAGCAGUCUUUUGACAUUGACAGCACAAGCGGUGAAAUCAGCACAAUCAAGAGCUUGGAUCAUGAGAGUGCGAAGAAGCAUCGGCUAUCAGUACAAGCCGAAGAUCAAGGUCAGAUACUAUUUUAGUUGUCGCAGUUUUUCUCUUAAUUUCGCGCCUUAUUUUUUUAAGACGGAACAACCAAAGGCUUUACAUCUUAAGAAAAAUGCCACAAUAUUUGUUUUGGUACGGCUCAAUUACCUCAGUUUUACAUGGUCACACUUGAGGAUCUCAACCACAGACAUACUGAUUUUUUUCGCUCGUCUCUCGGUUCCAACUCUACCCGGCGGUAAGCCUGUAAUCUGUCUUUCGAUUUUGGGCGUUGACGUUACUUUUCCUUUGUUAUUUUUUCAGGUCUCAAUCCAAAGGUUAGGCGUUCACUGGCAUCUGUAACCAUCAUAGUAGUUGAUCUCAACGACAACAAACCGGUGUUCAAAAUUCCUCUCCCUGGGGAGGUAGCAGUGGAAGAGAACUCUCCCGUGGGUACCCCGUUCUAUAAGGUCGUCGCUAUAGAUAAAGACUCAGCUAGCAAUGGUAGAGUCAUGUAUAGCAUCACAGGGGGGAGUGGAUACGGGCUUUUUGUCAUCGAUCAGUCCAGCGGAAUGCUUAGUACCAACGUUUCUUUUGACUACGAGGCCCGGUCGCUUUACGUCUUGGAAAUUACUGCUGUAGAUUUAGGAAACCCUCCCCUCUCGAACAAACUUAACUUGACAGUUCACGUGAAGAGUGUUGACGAGAAGGCACCCGUGUUUGCGAAAGCCAGUUAUUCAUUUUCUGCUAUUCCCGGUAACGCGGAAAUUGGACACCGCGUCGGCUUUGUCAAUGCGACGGAUGAAGACGGUGGAGAAGACGGCGUGAUACGUUACAAGGUGGAUUUCAGUAGUAAGAAUGUCUUCGGAAUCAAUGAAAUUUCUGGGGAGAUCUUUGUGAACGAUUCCCUUAAAGGAGAUGGUAAUAAUGAUAAUAAGCGCCGCCGAAGAAGUAUCGAGGAAAGUAAAGAACAGCACUCAACUCGGAGAGUCAGACGAGAGACUGGCGUGACACCUGUCACGCUACGGAUACGAGCCGAUAGCGGGAAAUCUGAUUCGAAAUCCGACAUUGCUUCGGUGUACGUGGACAUCGAUUUCUCAUGUUCCGGAUGUGGGACUACAAAGGAACAGUUUGAAGAUAACGGAACGUCCGAAAGGAUUAUUAUCAUUGUCUUAGCUGUCGUAGCUGGAGUUAUUUUAAUCGCUUUUAUCAUUUUUAUAGCAGCUCUCUUCACGCGGAAGAAGAAAAAGAGGAGAAAUCGUCAGAAUGGUCGCUUGGGGUUCGAUGGUUCGUUUGAUGAGAUCACUGUGCACCCGUCGCCUCCGAACGGAAACAUCAACCACGUGGACUCUUCACUUGAAAACGUCUCUACUCCGCGCGGUUACUCUCAAGAAUGCUCCCCAUUAAACGGUCCCAGCGACUCUCCUGCGCGCGGAACGGAGUCUUCGGACACUCCGAACAGCGCGUCAAGUGGCCGAGGGUCUUCCGAAGGUGUAGAUUUCGAGGUCGAUCAUCCGCCAAUACUUGUGAACGGAGAUAUAGGAAGCCUUCACUCGGAGAAUUACGUUAAAACCGUGAUGGGACCUGAUUCUGGCAUUCAGCAAGAUUCUGAUCAAGUUUCUCAACUUACGAUCAGCGAUGGAAGUAGUAUGACACAGGGAGAAGGUCUCGCAAUUGAUAAGCAGAGCGAUAAAAUCGACAGAAGAAUAUUCGCUCGGAUUGUAAGUCAAGAAAGUCUUCACGUGUUUGGUGAAGAGGGAGGUGGAGAAGCCGAUGGUGGAGUUGAUGUCGGUAACUUGUUGUACGCGAAGCUUUCCGAAGUUGACGCUGACGAAGAUGAAUCGAUUAUCGAUGGUAUGCAGCCGUACAUUGACGAAGGUCACGAUCAUCCUUCUUACGGAGGUUCGUUAAGUUCGAUCGUAGGAAGUCGUGAGGAACUAACCGGAAGUUACAACUGGGAUUACUUGUUGGACUGGGGCCCUCAGUUCCAGCCGUUAGCUGACGUUUUCUUAGAAAUCGGCAAAAUGAAAGACGAUAAUCCUCCCAAGAAAACGAUGAGUUUGAGUUUACCUUCAAGCCGUGAUUCGCGGAAUCCUCCCACUGGAAUGUUAACAACAGAUAUGCUAUCUUCAGUGUCCUCCUUACCUCGCUCACCCAUCAGUCCUCCUUCCACCCGCUACUCAUCUCCUGCUUUUUCUCCCAACUUUACUCCCGCCAUUACACCGUUAGUGACUCGUUCUCCGUCAGUUUCUCCCCUGGACACGGGAACUCCUUCUCCAGCGGGGACCACGCCCAAAUCAGGAUCCAGGCCAUCUUCAAUGCAUGUGUUGCAACUAAGAAGAGACUCGCACGAUGGAUCGAAUUCAGACUUAACUCAUUCGCCGUCAAUAUCAGACAAUGAAUCGAAUCUAGAGGUCGACGUAUAGUGGACUACAUUUUACUAUCAAACCGUAGUCUUAAGGCUUAUUAAAGACAAGUUCCCUUUUCUCUCAGUGAGGUUAUUCUCCAUGAGCUUUUUGCGAUACUUCUUACGUAACUAUCCUGAAAAGAAAAGAGGACUUAUUAACAUCCUACAUGGACUGCUUGCACCUCCUUUUCUCUCUAGAGUCCCGGCCUUUCUGUUCUUUUUAAUUAGAUCAUUCGUUCUAAAGUAGAACUACCGCUUAUGGACACUUCCUGCAAGCGGACAUGUAGUGAUUGUGGCAGCGACAUGAAAACCCUUUGCAUUUUAUAAAUUUCCUUCAACUCCGUUCCCAGGCUCUGUCUCCUUGUGCUGGAGAGCCCGGGAACGAGGUUGACUUUUCCUCAGCGGGCACCUCUGCUGAGCGAACAAUUUUUCUCGUCUCAGUGCAGUGGUGGUCGCGUAUGGAAAUUUCAACUGUAAUUUCUAAGAAAUGACUGAAAAGAAUGCUGUCAACAUUCUAAAUUUUACACAGGCUUAAACUUGUGUCUUUGUUAAGGUUUCACUCAUGGAAAUUUGAAGUCGCUAAGCAUGAAAAAAUUUUCUUUUUGAGGCGUUUUUACAAAGCUAAGUCUUACUAAAGUUUUGAACACGUUUUGGUUUAAAGGGGUGUGAGUCAUAAUCGAGCUUUUAUACGAAUGCAUAAUUCAGUUUAAUAUAAAGAUGGCGCAGUAAUUCAACUGACUAG